AUGGUAUUGCUGCCCAUGCUGGGAGGUGACAGGCUCAUGCGUUUGUCUCCAGGUUCAGCUGCUCUCAGGGGACCCUUAGUAGUUGUCGGUCAAGCUGGAGGCUCCUUGGCAGUGACUUGUGAGUAUGACGCCAGAUAUGAGAGGGACCGGAAGUGGUGGUGCCGAGAGGAGGACCUCGGUGGCUGUCGGAACCCUGUAGAAACCGCUGGAACAGAGGAGGUGGUGAGGAAGGACCGGGUGACCAUCAGGGACGACCAGAGUCAGCACAAGUUCACCGUGACCGUGGAGGGGUUCAGGGACAAUGACACGGGUCCGUACUGGUGCGGGAUUCAGGGAAAGAGACAUGAUCUGAAGUUCCUGAUCAGAGUGACCAUCAGCUCAGCAAACACAGGACCGACCACCAUGGCCACUUUCUCCAGUAAUGCCUCAACAGUACCUGACGCCCUGGAAGAGAACACAGGCUCCCCCAACAAGACCCAUCACCCCAGUAAGGCCGGAUCCCUGCUCAGCAGCGUCCACUUCUUGCUCCUGGUCUUCUUGAAGGUACCCCUGCUGCUGGUCAUGAUGGGGACCGUCAUCUGGGCAAGCUGGCCUCAGAGGGGCCCUAGGAAACAGACAGAGACCCUCCAAUCACAGAGCGUCGAGGGGCCGCAGAAAUUGGGGUGCCAGGCAAAACCAGGGUCCCCACCCUGCAGGGCCCUGUCCCCAACCACCGAAACACUGCCUGCCAAUAGCUGA